AUAGUACUUUUGUCCUUUGAUCGGUAUAUGGCCAUUUGUAAACCGUUAAGUUAUAGGGCAACGACAUCUAGGGCCAAAAGGAUGAUAGCCAUCGCGUGGAUAAUGGCCUUUAUCUUCGCUAUACCACAACUUUUAAUAUUUGUUCAAACAGUUGAUGGGGUUCAUCCAGACGGCCAGAACAAAUAUGGCUGCCGAUCUCGUGGAUAUACCGCUAACUGGCAAAGAAAGAUUUAUUUCACGUUUAUGACACUGUAUAUAUUGGUUAUUCCCGCCAUUUUAAUUUCUUAUUUUUACAUCAAUCUGGUUAUGGUCGUGUGGAGACAGGGUAAAGUGAUAACGGGAUCCAAAGAUAACUGUCCAUUAAGGCGGUCUAUAGCGGAUAAAAAAGCCAUCCCCAGAGCCAAAAUAAAAACCAUUAAAAUGACCUUCACCAUUAUAGCCAGUUUCAUAGUGUGCUGGACGCCAUAUUUUGUGACAACUCUGAUACGAAUAUUUAGUAAUUACACUUACACUAUUCCAGCUGCCGUGGUGGCUUUUGUGGAAACACUUGCCCUGUUCCAAAGCGCUCUUAAUCCUCUGUGGUACGGAUUCUUUAAUAUUAAGCUGAAACGUGGUCUAAUGGAAGUGUUCUGCCCCAGUAAAUUGAUGGCUGCCAAUCGCGGGGUUAGUUUUAAAUCGAACGGACUGACGGAAUGCAUGUCUGUUACCGAAGAAUACCAGGCAUUACACGCUAGCAAACGCCAUUCAGGGAGAUAUCGGGAGAAUUCGUCUACAUCGAGUAGCGGAUCUCACGAACGUCUCAGUUUACGUUCGCCAGCUACGAUAAUAACAGAGGAAAAUAAAAACGGAUUUAAAUUGCGCGUUAGGUUUGCUAUAAAGGAUUCCCCUAAACUUUCCGAGCACUGUUCGGUUCUGUGUGAUAACGGUGAUUGCAGGGUAAAUGAUGUGCCUACUAACAGUGUCAGUGUGAAAACCUCGUGUAUGUGACGAUGAAAAUCUCGUGUAUGUGACGAUGGAUUUUGUGGAAUUAGCUGUUCAUGUGAUUUACCGUGACCGCAGUGACUUUCUCCGUAUAUUAAUCAACUGCGGUCUGAAAAUCUGUUUACAGGGAGAAAUGUAUUCAGAGUUUUCUCCCAUUGUGAUAUUUGUUUUUUUUUCUCUUGUAAUUUAUUGUUAUUGUAUUGUAUUAGGCACAUGCGACAACACACAGGAGUCACCAUCUAUUGUGCGCAUGCGUUAAUCAUAUGCGUGUGUGUUGCAUUUAUUAUAUUAUAUUACUAUCUACAUGUAUAUUCGCCAUAUGGAGGAGUAGGCACGACGAUUCCAAAAAAGGGUUAAGGUUAGAAAAAGGGUUAGGAUUAGGGUUGAUCACGUUUCCACUAUGCUAAUGAGACAUGCGCAUGCGUGCGUAUGCGCACAGCAGAUGAUGACUUGUAUAGACCUAAGUGUAUUUGUUCUUACAAAGAAAAUGUCAGAUGUCUAUUACAAACUAAUAUGAUGUUUAACCACUUUCCACAAGAAAAUAAAUUUACUUAAUUUUGAACUCAUGAUGUUCAGUAUUACCCUGGACCAGACAUGAUCAUCCAGUUAUGUUCCAUGUGCCAAAACACUAUCCGUACGCUUUCAAAUGUACCAUAUAACUUCAAACGAUACCGCCGUCAGACCUGGGUCGCGUCCUUACUGCGCUGCUUCGGCGACGGAAAAUGGUCUCUGAGGGCGUCAAUAUCGCCAUGUGCGUCAUAAAAGCGUGGUGGAAACGCCAAAUAUCGUACUGUGGUCUCCAUGAUCGCCGAAUCACGGUGUUUGUUUUGGGCAUGUUCAGAGUAAACGCCAAGGUUCUGCGAUCUGGACUGGAAAACUGUGAGAACUCCGACUUUUUUCAAGUUUGUAAUACUUUGGGACAUUUUCGCACGUUGUGCUCACGUUUGCCGGCGACAUUGUGCAUUUUCUGGUCGCUGUACGGUCGCUGUAGCGCAGUAAGGACGCCACCCCUGUCUGACGGGGGCAUUAUGAAGAUGACUUUCAAGAAAGAACAGAUUUGCUUGUGUGCUAAAAUAAUCGGACGGUAGUCAUUGGUGUUACAUUGAUCUUAAGGCGGUUUCUAGAACGUGAAAUGCACCACUAUGGUCCGAUGUAGCAUAUGGGAUGGACCUAUGUGGCAUUUUGAUUUCUCCAGUGUUGCACUUA